AUGUCCAAAACCCCUUGGUUACCUCUCAUCGAGCAGCAGCUCAAGGAGAAUCCAAAAUCGACCACAUAUGCAUUUUCGACACUCUCGGAAGAAGGUAAUCCCAAAGUACGAUUUGUGAUCCACCGGGGUAUUACUCCCAAUGCUUUGCUGCUAACUACGACCGACACCCGAAUGUCCAAACCGAAACAUAUCUCUCAUUCUCCCACAGUCGAAAUAGCAUGGUGGAUCGAAUCUACCAACGUUCAAUUCCGAAUCACCGGUAAAGCCGUAUCGAUCCCCACUCCUAGCAGUUCAUCGAUCCAAGAAGCAAUUAAGACUCUUGGUGUAGAGGGACUGGAAGAGGGGAGUGAAAAAUGGUGGGAAGAUAAGAGGAAGGAAUUAUGGGGUGGUGUGAGUGGACAUCUGAGGGCGGGGUUCGGUAGACCUACACCUGGGAAGAAGUUGGAUGAAGUUGAAGGGAGUGAUAAGUGGCCUGAGACUAUACCAUCUGAGUCGGACAAACCAGACGAACAAAAGACGAUCGACGCUGCCUACGACCACUUUGCGAUCAUUGCCAUUGCACCCGAGGCAGGCGAGUACCUCGAAUUAAAACCUAUUCCCAAUAGACGAACCCAGUGGAAAAGGAAGGAAGGUGGGGAAUGGGAAGAAACCAAAGUGGCUCCUUGA